AUGGUGCUCAAGUGCCCCAACAGCGGCCGGUGGAUGGCUGCCGAGACCACGUACCUGCACCUGCUCUACGUCUGCUUCAUGACCGGCCUUAUCGACGCCCACGGUCGCUGCCUCCGCGACUUCAUCGCUGACGCGCUCCAGUGCGAGCCGCGGCGCGUCUACAAGUUUGUGGCCGUCACGUACCUCAACUUUCCCAGCCGCCUGCGCUGCUCGCCCAAGCCGCGGCACGAGCUCACGGCCAACGACGUCCAGUGCCUCGUCGCCCUUGAAGCCGCCCAGCGCGAUUUCUUCAACGCGCUGGAAGUCAAGCUCGACCGACGCGCGGCGCGCGAGCCGGCGCUGGACCUCAACUGGGAUAUCUUGGAUGUAUAA